AUGGGAUCCGAAUCUGAAGCACAAGCAGAGACGAUGGAGGAAGCAAGGUUGAAGACAAUAAGGUCCACAACACCACCAAAGCUCUCCCUCUUCUCAAGGAUUCCACACCAAUCGUAUGACCCUUCUGCACCUACGGGCAUGUUGACCCCACCACUCCGACCCCCUGCUUCCGUUCCUUUCCUCUGGGAAGAAGCACCGGGUAAGCCCCUUCCCACCUCUACUGCCACCUCCUUCGCUGUGGCCAGAUGUUUGGAGCUUCCACCACGGCUACAGUUGACGGAAUCGUCCAUUUUCAACAACAAAAUAUUUAGCUCCAGCAACCGCACGCUGUCCCCAACCACUGUUCUUGAUGGCCCCUACGUUGCUCAUGGCCGCUCCUCAUCCUUCACUUCUUCCUCCUUUCGCAGAGGAGGAAGCCCUGAUGAUAGUGAAGGUGAUGGGAUGCUUCAUGGCCAGAGAAGAGACAUCAGCAGCAGCAGCAGAGGGUACUUUGGUUCUUGGGGUAGGAAGACCUCCUAUUCCUCCUCCAAGCGGAAUCAGGUUGUUGGCGAUUGUGGUUUCGUCAUCUCCCGUUCCUCUUCUUCUUCUUCUUCUGCUGUGGUUCUUGGAGUAGGAAUUGGGGAGAUUGGUGGUGGAGGAACUACAAAUACAAAGGUGAAGAUUACCAGGUUCAAGAGGAAUGGAAGUUUCUUGAGCCUCCCUUACAGCAAAUCGUCUCAAUUCUGGGCAAGCAUUUGUCAAGGGUUGAAGCAGGUGGUCCCAUGGCGGAAUAGGAAGACAAAGCAAAAUGGGACACAUAGUUUGAUCGACAGAGACUAGUCAUUCGAUCUG